AAUACUAAAGCGGCUGUUUCGAGUUUGGUCGGUACGAGUCUUGGAAUAUCCACAUGGAUAGUUCGGAUUCGUGUUCCUUGCUCGUUGGAAUUUUCUCAGGCUAUUGUUGUUAAUGAUUACGCCAAGAAGUAAAUGGUCAUUUUCUCAUCCAGGUCGAUGAAUUGUGGAUAUAAAAUUAUUUACCAAGAUUUUCUUCCACACAAUGAAGUUUAAUCAAACAUCUGUGGAUUCAUCUUUGGGUAGUCUUUCUGUAUCGUCUGCUGUCGAUCGAUCAUAUGACUCGUUCUUGAACAAUGUGGAUACACAACCGGGUGCAUUACUUUCUGAACUUUUGUCAGAUUGUACACCACUUGAUUGUUUUGUUUCAAGCACUGUACAAUCAUCCAAUAGUCAAGAUAAUGUAUCUUUGUCACUUUAUGGAGUAUCAUCAUCUUCCAAUAAUAAUGAUAACAUUAAUAAUAAUAGUAGUAAUGGUAAUAAUAACAUUACGAAUACUAUUGAUGAUAUGAAUGGAAUUUAUGGUCCAAUAAAUCCUAAUUCACAUGAUUGCUAUCGAAAAAGUUCUACAAUUGGAUUAAAAUCUGAUCCAGAUAUAUCAUCUAAAUUUAUUCAAGAACAGCCCAAAGAUAGUGGUGUGCUGCCAGUGAUGUCGAAACUUGAUGAUUCUAUUAAAGAUUCAAUUUUCUCUGACCGUUAUGAUGCAGAUAAAAAUAACAGCACUAGUAAUGUCACUUCCACCACUAAUACUACUGCGGUUACUACUACGUCUACUUCUCCUACUACUACUACAACAACUACUACUUCUAUCAUUAUUAAUAAUAAUUAUUAUGAAUCAGAUGUUAAACACUAUACAAAUACAUUAUCAACAUUAAAUCAAUCCACCAUAGUUUCAUCAUCACUGACAACAACAAUAACAACAACACCGACACCAAUCAUAAAUCAAGCCGCUUUAAUUGCAGCUGCCUUAGCGAAAGCAUCUGCAGACAAGACAAUGAAUGGUCCUUUCUCACUAAUUGAACGUAAUACUACCAUACCACUUAAUAAUAAUUUAGGAAUGAUGAAUAAUAAAUCACGUAGAAAUUCAUUAACAAUACCAAAUCAUAAUAUACAUUUAUCGUCAUUAGAUGAUCAAAGUAAAUUAAUUAGUCAAAAAACUUCUAGUUCUGAAGAAAUUGAUAAUCUAUUGGAUUCAAAUACGCCUAUAUUAGAUUUUACCUUCUCCGAUGUACAGUAUUGGUGUAGUGUCUUUUAUUAUGAAUUAAAUACUCGUGUUGGUGAUGCAUUUCACGCUGGUCGGCCAACGUUAACAAUUGAUGGCUUUACUGAACCGUGCUAUCGUUCCGAUCGAUUCAGUUUAGGCAGCUUAAGUCAUGUUAAUCGACCUUUGCAAGUUGAGAUGACUAGAAGACAUAUUGGUCGUGGGAUACGAUUACAUCAUAUCGGUAGUGAAGUUUACCUUGAGUGUUUAAGCGAUGCUGCGGUUUUUGUUCAAUCACCAAGUUGUAAUCGUUUCUACAGUUGGCAUCCAGCAACUGUUGUCAAAGUUCCACCAAAGUGUAAUUUGAAACUUUUUGAUAGUGCAGCAUUUGCUAGUCAAUUAGCUGACAAUAUGUCACGUAGUUAUGAAUCUGUCUUUUCACUAACUCAUAUGUGUUCAAUACGUGUUAGUUUUGUAAAAGGUUGGGGAGCAGAAUAUAGAAGGCAAACAAUAACCAGCACACCAUGUUGGAUAGAAGUACAUUUAAAUGGACCAUUAAAAUGGCUUGAUCGUGUACUUCGACAAAUGGGUUCACCUACACUUCCAUGCACAUCAGUGAGCUGAGAAAAUUUUUUUUUGAAAGAAAACAACUAAAUCAAAACACACCUAAUCGAUCUCAUUCACCUGUUUUAUUGUAUUAUAUUAUUACUAUUAAUUAAUAAUCUUCACGGCUGGUAACUAAACACACAUAUAUGCACACGCACACAACCGCCAUCGACCCCAUCCUUAUCUGUUCAUUACAUAUGUUUUGUUUUUAAAAUGUCUGUGUUCUGUUUUGGUUUCUCCAACGGAAUAGAUGUAAACGAGAAAAAUUCACUACUAAUGAAAAAAUGUAAUUAAGAAUAGCAGUAGUAUAUAUAUUACUAUUCGUAUCUCUUGUUUUAAUGUUUAGUAUAUAAGUUUUUAUAUUAUUCUUCGUCAGUAAUUGAAGUUAAUUGUCAUUUUAGCUAGCAUUUACGCUAUAAUUAAAAAUAAUGAUAGUAUGGAAUAUUAUGGCGAACACUUAAAGAACGGUGUAAUAUAUAUGUAUACAUAUAUAUGUACACUUGAUCUAGGAAUAAUGAAUGAAUGAAUUAGAUAUAUUUCUACUGAAUUAGCAGCAAAGAUCAUUUUAUUUAGAUCUUUUUUUUGUUUCCCAUAGAUUUUUUUUAUUGAUUUGCCCUUCCCUCUUUUGGUUAUCCGUUUCUCUGGCUUCUUAGUUAGUAUUCUAUUUCUUUUUGUUGUUUUUUUUGUAUUACAAUUGAGUCAAUAUUCUGUGUACGUGUACUACUACUAUUACCAUUGAUGUUUGUAAUACUAAUAAUACAAACUCUGAAUGAUGUGUUAGACAACGUAUGGUAAACGGUAGUAAUGUGAAUUUAUUAUUUCUGUCUAUGUAUACACAUUUAUUUAUUCAUCUUGUUCGUUCUCCAAGUUGAUUAUUCGUUGGUUUGUACAAAAGUGUAAUUUUCUCUUCUUUUUUUUUCAUUUCGAAUACCAAGUAUUGCUUACCCAUAGACAAACAAACAAAACAUAUUUAAGUAAAAAAGAGACUGUUCUAUCUAUUCAUCCAACUUUAAAUUGGUGCACUUUUCUUUUUGUUCUGCACGAUCGAUUCUUUGUUUAUUUUGCUUAUCUAAGUAAAAACACUCUGUUGUGGAUAUUAUUUUUCUAAACUAACGUAUGUUCUUUUUCCCCUUUUCUUUCUUUAUAUAUAUAUACGAACUUCUUUUUUGUCAUUCAAAGUUUUACUAUCAUCGUCGAUCUUAUUACUUAUAAUUAUGUUGAAAUUCUUUCUUUUAAAGAGUAUUUGAAAACAGAAAAAAAGAAAUUUUUUGUUUGUUUGACAAUAUUUGGAGUAGGAAUAGAUGGGUUGGGGACUUUGUUAUUUUCUACUGUAUAUUAUAUUUAUAAAUGAGUGAAAUAAGUAGGUCGGCCUUUUUCCCUUACCAUAGGUAAAAGUAGAAUCCCAUUUUGAAAGAAUUCAUAAUUUAGUGUAUAUCGUAAUUAGCAGC